UUCAAUCAGUUAAUAUCGCGCGUGCGUUCUGAGUAAAUGUAUUUGCUUGUUCUUCAAUUUUGUAACGUCUUAAAUAACCUUUAAAUAUUGAGUUCAUAUUUUGAGUAAGAUUCAAAAAUAUUAUUAGUCGAACAUUAGUUCCAAAUAUAAAUCAUCGAAUUGCAUUUGUCAAACACAAUAAAUAUACAAAAUGUCAGCCAAAGCGAUCCGAGAAGCAACAGGGAAAGAUUUAAUCAAUAGAAAACUCAAAAAUGGAACAAAAGCAGCAAAAUGUAAAUUAGUCACGAUAAAUGAAACAACUAAUUGGUCUACAAUUGCUGAUGAACAUCCUUGGUUAAAGACCGAAAAAUUAGUUGUUAAACCAGAUCAAUUAAUAAAAAGACGUGGAAAACUUGGAUUAAUCAAAGUAAAUGUAGAUCUACCAACUGCUCAACAAUGGGUGAUGGAACGAAUAAACAAAGAUAUUCAGAUUGAAAAAGCUCAUGGAAAGCUUAGAACAUUCAUUAUUGAACCCUUUGUGAGUCAUACAUCUGAAGAAGAAGUUUAUCUAUGUAUUUACUCUCAUCGAACUGCAGAUACUAUUCUUUUCUAUCAUCAAGGAGGUGUUGAUGUUGGUGAUGUUGAUGCGAAGGCUUUAAAACUUGAUGUUCCAGUAAAUCAAGAAUUACCUGAUCGAGAAACCUUAAUUCAAAAACUUCUUAUUAAUGUUCCAGAUUUUAAAAAGCCAAUGAUAGCUGAAUUUAUUGAAGCACUCUAUAAUCUAUACGUAAAUUUGUAUUUCACGUAUUUAGAAAUAAAUCCACUAGUUGUUACUGAAGAUUCUAUAUAUAUAUUGGAUCUUGCAGCAAAGCUGGAUACAACUGCUGAUUUUAUUUGUCGACCGGAUUGGGGAGAAAUCGAUUAUCCACCCCCAUUUGGACGAGAUGCAUAUCCAGAAGAAGCUUAUAUUGCUGAUCUAGAUGCUAAAUCGGGGGCAAGUUUAAAAUUAACUAUUUUAAAUCCACGUGGUAGAAUUUGGACGAUGGUCGCUGGUGGCGGAGCCUCAGUUACUUAUUCAGAUACAAUUUGUAAUCUUGGUGGAGCAAAUGAAUUAGCUAAUUAUGGAGAAUAUUCAGGUGCACCAAGCGAACAACAAACCUAUGAAUAUGCUAAAACUCUUUUGAGUCUUAUGACUAAAGAAAAACAUCCACAUGGUAAAGUAUUAAUUAUUGGUGGUGGUAUUGCAAAUUUUACCAAUGUUGCUGCUACAUUUAAGGGAAUCGUUAAAUCAUUGCAACAAUUCCAACCACAAUUAGUCGAACAUGAUAUAAGUAUAUUUGUGCGAAGAGCUGGACCUAAUUAUCAAGAGGGGCUUAGAAUAAUACGUGAAGUAGGUCGUCGUUUAGGGAUUCCAGUUUACGUUUUUGGACCCGAGACUCACAUGACUGCAAUUUGUGGUAUGGCAAUGGGGAAAAAACCAAUACCUGAUCCAGAAGCUCAGGAAUUUUCUACCGCAAAUUUUCUCUUACCAUCAGGUCAAGAUGUAGGUCCAACAUCUCCUUUAACUAAAUCAUCUUCACCUUCAUCAUCACCAGAAAAACCUAAAAUUGAAUCCAGCGAUUCAGUUGAUUCAGCUAGUUUACCACAAUUGUUUAGUAAUAGUACCCGAGCAAUUAUUUGGGGAAUGCAGACAAGAGCAGUUCAAAGUAUGUUGGAUUUUGAUUUUGUCUGUAGAAGAACAAUGCCAUCAGUUGCAGCAGUAGUAUAUCCAUUUGUUGGUGAUCAUAAACAGAAAUUUUAUUGGGGUCACAAAGAAAUUUUAAUUCCUGUUUAUAAACAAAUGAAGGAUGCUAUGAUAAAACAUCCAGAUGCUGAUGUAAUGGUAACGUUUGCAUCACUUCGCUCAGCUUAUGAAAGUACAGUUGAAACACUACAAUUUCCGCAAAUUCGCACAAUAGCUAUAAUUGCUGAAGGAAUCCCUGAGAAUAUGACUAGAAAACUUAUUUUUAUGGCGCAUCAAAAAAAUGUAACAAUAAUUGGUCCAGCAACUGUUGGAGGUGUCAAACCGGGUUGUUUUAAAAUUGGUAAUACUGGUGGAAUAAUGGAUAACAUUCUUCAUAGUAAACUUUACCGUCCUGGUAGUGUAGCGUAUGUUUCACGAUCCGGUGGUAUGUCAAAUGAGCUCAAUAAUAUUAUAUCAAAGGCGUCUAAUGGAGUUUUUGAAGGUGUAGCGAUUGGUGGUGAUCGCUAUCCAGGUACAACCUUCAUGGAUCAUAUAAUGCGAUAUCAAAAUACACCAGAGGCAAAAUUGAUUGUUCUUUUGGGAGAAGUGGGAGGCAUAGAAGAAUAUAAAGUCUGUGAAGCAUUGAAAAGUAAAAAAAUAACUAAACCAUUGGUAGCCUGGUGUAUUGGUACUUGUGCUGCUAUGUUUACAUCAGAAGUUCAAUUUGGUCACGCUGGAUCUAUUGCUCAUAGUAAUUUAGAGACUGCAUCCGCUAAAAAUGCAGCUUUAAAAGCAGCUGGAGCGUAUGUUCCUGAUAGUUUUGAUAAUCUUGGAGAUUUAAUUGGAAAUGUAUAUCAUAAAUUAGUGAAAGAUGGAGUUAUUGUUCCAGAACCAGAAGUUCCGCCUCCCACUGUACCUAUGGAUUAUUCUUGGGCACGAGAAUUAGGACUAAUUAGAAAACCUGCUUCAUUUAUGACUUCUAUAUGUGAUGAACGUGGCCAUGAACUCUUGUAUGCUGGAGUUCCAGUAACUGAAGUUUUAAAACAAAAUGUUGGAAUCGGAGGUGUUGUAUCACUUCUGUGGUUCCAGAAAUCUCUACCUCCUAUUUAUUGUAAGUUUUUAGAAAUGUCAUUAAUGUUAACUGCUGAUCAUGGACCUGCAGUUUCUGGCGCUCAUAAUACAAUUGUUUGUGCACGAGCUGGAAAAGAUCUUGUUAGCUCUUUGGUAUCUGGAUUAUUAACUAUUGGUGAUAGAUUUGGUGGUGCACUUGAUGGUGCUGCUCGUAUGUUUUCUGAAGCAUAUGAUGCCGGUCUUCAUCCUCAGGAAUUUGUUAAUAAUACCAGAAAGAAAGGAAAACUUAUUAUGGGUAUUGGUCAUCGUAUUAAAAGCAUAAAUAACCCUGAUAUGCGGGUGAAAUUAAUUAAAGAAUAUGUGUUGGAACAUUUCCCAGCUAAACCACUUGUAGAGUAUGCAUUAGAAGUAGAAAAAAUUACGACAAGUAAAAAACCUAAUCUCAUAUUGAAUGUUGAUGGAAUGAUAGCAUGUGCAUUUGUUGACAUGUUGAGAAAUUCUGGAUCAUUUACUCGAGAGGAAGCACAAGAAUAUAUUGAAAUUGGAGCUAUAAAUAGUUUGUUCGUACUUGGACGGAGUAUAGGAUUUAUUGGGCACUAUAUGGAUCAAAAGAGACUCAAACAAGGAUUAUACAGACAUCCAUGGGAUGACAUUUCCUACGUUUUACCAGAACAGUACAACUAAAAAUUGUGUAUAUAUAUGUAUGUAUAUAUAUAUAUACAAUAAUUUCCAAAAUAUUGAAUAAUUUUCAAUAUGUAUAUUUAAUUAUGUAUUUAGCGUACACACAAACUACUGUAACAGAAAAACAAUAUAAGCGUGACUUAUCAUGAAUCAAUCUAAUUGAUUAACAGGAAAGUGACUUAUAGGGAUUGCACUUUUUAGGUAAUUAAAACAAAAACAAUAUUAAUUAACAUUUAUGAGAGAUAGUCAUGUCUUAUAAAAAAAAUUUAUGAGCAUUAUUUAAAUCUAUAUUCAUUUGAUAAAUAAAAUGUCGUAGAGGAAAAAUUGUAUGGAAAUACAAUAUGAGAAGGAAUGUAUUAAAUACUUUUUUUUAGCAUACAUUGUUAUGAAUAAUUAAUAGAAUUUACAACACAAUAGAGAGAAAAUUCAUUCAUUUAACGAAAUAGUUUCAAAAACUCAACAUUCCUUACUGUGCAUUUUUAAAUGAAAAAGUUUUGUAUAGUGAUAAAUAUUUUUUGUUUCCAUCACGUGGAUAAAGAACUAAUCAAUAUAUAAAAUAUUACAUAAUCAUUGUACGCCUUCAAAUUAAUGAUACAUCAAUAAAAAAUGAGAACUCAGGUGUAAGUUUCUCGCAGGAUAGUCUGAAAUAUCUGAUGUAUGAAAUCAAGUUGUAUAAAACAGAUUAUUGCACAAAAAUUAAAACUAUUCUUGCUAAAUUGUUGAUAAUUAUGACUUAAAUAUGUAAAAUAGACAAAAAUAUAUAAAUAAAUAAAUUACCACAUUAA